AUGGCAGAGAGGGCUGACCAGAUGUCCGUGUAUGCCUGGAGCCACCAUCUGGGAGGGAGUGGGCUCAGUAGCUCAUUGUGGGUNUACACCAGCCGCUGCACGGAUGCGGGCACUGAGCUGACUGGCCACCUGGUACCCCACCACGAUGGCCUGAGGGUUUGGUGUCCAGAAUCCGGGGCCCAUAUUCCCCUACCACCAGCUCCUGAAGGCUGCCCCUGGAGUUGUCGCCUCCUGGGCAUUGGAGGCCACCUUUCGCCACAGGGCAAGCUCACACUGCCCCAGGAGCACCCGUGCUUAAAAGCCCCACGGCUCAGAUGCCAGUCCUGCAAACUGGCACAGGCCCCUGGGCUCAGGGCAGGGGAAGGGUCACCAGAAGAGUCCAUGGGUGGGCGUCGGAAAAGGAUUAAUACAACCCCCCAGUUCCAGCCCGCCAGCUACCAGGCCACAGUGCCAGAGAACCAACCAGCAGAUACCCCUGCUGGUUGCCAGAGAACCAACCAGCAGGCAUCCCUGAGGGCCAUCGACCCAGACGAGGGUGAGGCAGGUUGACUUGAGUACACCACGGAUGCCCUCUUUGAUAGCGGCUCCAACCAGUUCGUCUCCCUGGACCCAAUCACUGGUGCAGUAACCACAGCCGAGGAGCUGGAUUGUGAGACCAAGAGCACCCACGUCUUCAGGGUCACGGUGCAGGACCAUGGCAUGCCCCAACGAAGUGCCCUGGCUACACUCACCAUCUUGGUUACUGACACCAAUGAUCAUGACCCCGUGUUCGAGCAGCAGGAGUACAAGGAGAGCCUCAGGGAGAACCUGGAGGUUGGCUAUGAGGUGCUCACUGUCAGGGCCACGGAUGGUGAUGCCCCUCCCAAUGCCAAUAUUCUGUACCGCCUGCUGGAGGGGCCUGGGGGCAGCCCCUCCGAAGUCUUUGAGAUCGACCCUCACUCUGGGGUGAUCCGAACCCGUGGCCCUGUGGAUCGGGAAGAGGUGGAAUCCUACCAGUUGACGGUAGAGGCAAGUGACCAGGGUCGGGACCCGGGUCCUCGGAGUACCACAGCCGCUGUUUUCCUUUCUGUGGAGGAUGACAAUGACAAUGCCCCCCAGUUUAGUGAGAAGCGCUAUGUGGUCCAGGUGAGGGAGGACGUGACUCCGGGGGCCCCAGUACUCCGAGUCACAGCCUCGGAUCGAGACAAGGGGAGCAAUGCCCUGGUGCACUACAGCAUCAUGAGUGGCAACGCUCGGGGACAGUUUUAUCUGGAUGCCCAGACUGGAGCUCUGGAUACUGGAGCUCUGGAUGUGGUCAGCCCUCUUGACUAUGAGACCACCAAGGAGUACAUCCUAUGGGUGUGAGCACAGGAUGGUGGCCGUCCCCCACUCUUUAAUUUCUCUGGCUUGGUGACAGUGCAGGUGCUGGAUAUCAACGACAAUGCCCCCAUCUUCGUCAGCACCCCUUUCCAGGCUACUGUCCUGGAGAGCGUCCCCUUAGGCUACCUGGUUCUUCAUGUCCAGGCUAUCGACGCUGAUGCUGGUGACAAUGCGCGCCUGGAAUACCGCCUUGCUGGGGUGGGACCUGACUUCCCCUUCACCAUCAACAAUGGCACAGGCUGGAUCUCUGUGGCUGCUGAACUGGACCGGGAGGAAGUUGAUUUCUACAGCUUUGGGGUAGAAGCUCGAGACCAUGGCACUCCAGCACUCACUGCCUCGGCCAGCGUCAGCGUGACUGUCCUGGAUGUCAACGACAAUAAUCCAACCUUUACCCAACCCGAGUACACAGUGCGGCUCAAUGAGGAUGCAGCUGUGGGCACUAGUGUGGUGACGGUGUCAGCUGUGGACCAUGAUGCUCAUAGUGUCAUCACCUACCAGAUCACCAGUGGCAAUACCCGAAAUCGUUUCUCCAUCACCAGCCAAAGUGGUGGUGGGCUGGUAUCCCUUGCCCUGCCACUGGACUACAAACUUGAGCGGCAGUAUGUGUUGGCUGUUACCGCCUCCGAUGGCACGCGGCAGGACACGGCACAGAUUGUGGUGAAUGUCACCGACGCCAACACCCAUCGUCCUGUCUUUCAGAGCUCCCACUAUACAGUGAAUGUUAAUGAGGACCGGCCGGCAGGCACCACAGUGGUGCUGAUUAGCGCCACGGAUGAGGACACAGGUGAGAAUGCCCGCAUCACCUACUUCAUGGAGGACAGCAUCCCCCAGUUCCGCAUCGAUGCAGACACAGGGGCCGUCACCACCCAGGCUGAGCUGGACUACGAAGACCAAGUGUCUUAUACCCUGGCCAUUACUGCUCGGGACAACGGCAUUCCCCAGAAGUCCGACACCACCUACCUGGAGAUCCUGGUGAACGACGUGAAUGACAAUGCCCCUCAGUUCCUGCGUGACUUCUACCAGGGCAGUGUCUGUGAGGAUGUGCCACCCUUCACUAGCGUCCUGCAGAUCUCUGCCACUGAUCGUGAUUCUGGACUUAAUGGUAGGGUCUUCUACACUUUCCAAGGAGGCGACGAUGGAGACGGUGACUUUAUUGUCGAGUCCACGUCAGGCAUCGUGCGAACGCUGCGGAGGCUGGAUCGAGAGAACGUGGCCCAGUAUGUCUUGCGGGCAUAUGCAGUGGACAAGGGGAUGCCCCCAGCCCGCACGCCCAUGGAAGUGACAGUCACUGUGCUGGAUGUGAAUGACAAUCCCCCUGUCUUUGAGCAGGAUGAGUUUGAUGUGUUUGUGGAAGAGAACAGCCCCAUUGGGCUGGCCGUGGCCCGGGUCACAGCCACUGACCCCGAUGAAGGCACUAAUGCCCAGAUUAUGUACCAGAUUGUGGAGGGCAACAUCCCUGAGGUCUUCCAGCUGGACAUCUUCUCUGGGGAGCUGACAGCCCUGGUAGACUUAGACUACGAGGACCGGCCUGAGUACGUCCUGGUCAUCCAGGCCACGUCAGCUCCUCUGGUGAGCCGGGCUACAGUCCACGUCCGCCUCCUUGACCGCAAUGACAACCCACCAGUGCUGGGCAACUUUGAGAUCCUUUUCAACAACUAUGUCACCAACCGCUCAAGCAGCUUCCCUGGGGACCGCAGCUUGCUGACGGCCAUCUCGGCGCAGCGCGUGCUGCCCUUCGACGACAACAUCUGCCUGCGGGAGCCCUGCGAGAACUACAUGCGCUGUGUGUCGGUGCUGCGCUUCGACUCCUCCGCGCCCUUUAUCGCCUCCUCCUCCGUGCUCUUCCGGCCCAUCCACCCCGUCGGGGGUCUGCGCUGCCGCUGCCCGCCCGGCUUCACGGGUGACUACUGUGAGACGGAGGUGGACCUCUGCUACUCGCGGCCCUGUGGCCCCCACGGGCGCUGCCGCAGCCGCGAGGGCGGCUACACCUGCCUCUGUCGUGAUGGCUACACGGGUGAGCACUGUGAGGUGAGUGCUCGCUCAGGCCGUUGCACCCCAGGUGUCUGCAAGAAUGGGGGCACCUGUGUCAACUUGCUGGUGGGCGGUUUCAAAUGUGAUUGCCCAUCUGGAGACUUCGAGAAGCCCUACUGCCAGGUGACCACGCGCAGCUUCCCCGCCCACUCCUUCAUCACCUUUCGUGGCCUGCGCCAGCGUUUCCACUUCACCCUGGCCCUCUCGUUUGCCACAAAGGAGCGCGAUGGGUUGCUGUUGUACAAUGGGCGUUUUAAUGAGAAGCAUGACUUUGUGGCCCUCGAGGUGAUCCAGGAGCAGGUCCAGCUCACCUUCUCUGCAGGGGAGUCAACCACCACGGUGUCCCCAUUCGUGCCCGGAGGAGUCAGUGAUGGCCAGUGGCAUACAGUGCAGCUGAAAUACUACAAUAAGCCACUGUUGGGUCAGACAGGGCUCCCGCAGGGCCCAUCAGAGCAGAAGGUGGCCGUGGUGACCGUGGAUGGCUGUGACACAGGGGUGGCCUUGCGCUUCGGAUCUGUCCUGGGCAACUACUCCUGUGCUGCCCAGGGCACCCAGGGUGGCAGCAAGAAGUCUCUGGAUCUGACGGGGCCCCUGCUACUAGGCGGAGUGCCUGACCUGCCUGAGAACUUCCCAGUCCGAAUGCGGCACUUCGUGGGCUGCAUGCGGAACCUGCAGGUGGACAGCCGGCACAUAGACAUGGCUGACUUCAUUGCCAACAAUGGCACUGUGCCUGGCUGCCCUGCCAAGAAGAACGUGUGUGACAGCAACACUUGCCACAAUGGGGGCACCUGCGUGAACCAGUGGGACGCGUUCAGCUGCGAGUGCCCCCUGGGCUUCGGGGGCAAGAGCUGCGCCCAGGAAAUGGCCAAUCCACAGCACUUCCUGGGCAGCAGCCUGGUGGCCUGGCAUGGCCUCUCGCUGCCCAUCUCCCAACCCUGGCACCUCAACCUCAUGUUCCGCACUCGCCAGGCCGACGGUGUCCUGCUGCAGGCCGUCACCAGGGGGCGAAGCACCAUCACCCUACAGCUACGGGAGGGCCACGUGGUGCUGAGCGUAGAGGGCACAGGGCUCCAGGCCUCCUCUCUCCGUCUGGAGCCAGGUCGGGCCAAUGACGGUGACUGGCACCAUGCACAGCUGGCACUGGGAGCCAGUGGGGGGCCCGGCCAUGCCAUUCUGUCCUUCGAUUAUGGGCAGCAGAGAGCAGAGGGCAACCUGGGCCCCCGGCUGCAUGGUCUGCACCUGAGCAACAUAACAGUGGGCGGAAUACCUGGGCCAGCCGGCGGUGUGGCCCGUGGCUUUCGGGGCUGUUUGCAGGGUGUGCGGGUGAGCGAUACGCCGGAGGGGGCUAACAGCCUGGAUCCCAGCCGUGGGGAGAGCAUCAACGUUGAGCAAGGCUGUAGCCUGCCUGACCCUUGUGACUCAAACCCGUGUCCUGCCAACAGCUAUUGCAGCAAUGACUGGGACAGCUAUUCCUGCAGCUGUGAUCCAGGUUACUAUGGUGACAACUGUACUAAUGUGUGUGACCUGAACCCGUGUGAGCACCAGUCCGUGUGUACCCGCAAGCCCAGUGCCCCCCAUGGCUAUACCUGCGAGUGUCCUCCAAAUUACCUUGGGCCGUACUGUGAGACCAGAAUUGACCAGCCUUGUCCCCGUGGCUGGUGGGGACAUCCCACAUGUGGCCCAUGCAACUGUGAUGUCAGCAAAGGCUUUGACCCAGACUGCAACAAGACAAGCGGCGAGUGCCACUGCAAGGAGAACCACUACCGGCCCCCAGGCAGCCCCACCUGCCUCUUGUGUGACUGCUACCCCACAGGCUCCUUGUCCCGCGUCUGUGACCCUGAGGACGGCCAGUGUGCAUGCAAGCCAGGUGUCAUCGGGCGUCAGUGUGACCGCUGUGACAACCCUUUUGCUGAGGUCACCACCAAUGGCUGUGAAGUGAAUUACGACAGCUGCCCACGAGCGAUUGAAGCUGGGAUCUGGUGGCCCCGUACCCGCUUUGGGCUGCCCGCUGCUGCUCCCUGUCCCAAAGGCUCCUUUGGGACUGCUGUGCGCCACUGUGAUGAGCACAGGGGGUGGCUCCCCCCAAACCUCUUCAACUGCACGUCCAUCACCUUCUCAGAACUGAAGGGCUUCGCCGAGCGGCUACAGCGGAAUGAGUCAGGCCUAGACUCAGGGCGCUCCCAGCGGCUGGCCCUGCUCCUGCGCAAUGCCACGCAGCACACAGUUGGCUACUUCGGCAGCGACGUCAAGGUGGCCUACCAGCUGGCCACACGGCUGCUGGCCCACGAGAGUGCCCAGCGGGGCUUCGGGCUGUCUGCCACGCAGGACGUGCACUUCACUGAGAAUCUGCUGCGGGUGGGCAGCGCCCUCCUGGACGCAGCCAACAAGCGGCACUGGGAGCUGAUCCAGCAGACAGAGGGUGGCACCGCCUGGCUGCUCCAGCACUAUGAGGCCUAUGCCAGCGCCCUGGCCCAGAACAUGCGGCACACCUACCUAAGCCCCUUCACCAUCGUCACACCCAACAUUGUCAUCUCUGUAGUGCGCUUGGACAAGGGGAACUUUGCUGGGGCCAAGCUGCCCCGCUACGAGGCCCUGCGUGGGGAGCGGCCCCCGGACCUUGAGACAACGGUCAUUCUGCCUGAGUCUGUCUUCAGAGAGACGCCCCCCGUGGUCAGGCCCGCAGGCCCCGGAGAGUCCCAGGAGCCAGAGGAGCUAGCACGGCGACAGCGACGGCACCCGGAGCUGAGCCAGGGUGAGGCUGUGGCCAGCGUCAUCAUCUACCGCACCCUGGCCGGGCUCCUGCCCCAUAACUAUGACCCUGACAAGCGCAGCCUGAGAGUCCCCAAACGCCCGAUCAUCAACACGCCUGUGGUGAGCAUCAGUGUCCAUGACGAUGAGGAGCUUCUGCCCCGGGCCCUGGACAAGCCCAUCACGGUGCAGUUCCGCCUGCUGGAGACAGAGGAGCGAACCAAGCCCAUCUGUGUCUUCUGGAACCAUUCGAUCUUGGUCAGUGGCACAGGUGGCUGGUCGGCCAGAGGCUGUGAAGUCGUCUUCCGCAACGAGAGCCAUGUCAGCUGCCAGUGCAACCACAUGACGAGCUUCGCUGUGCUCAUGGAUGUGUCUCGGCGGGAGAAUGGGGAGAUCCUGCCACUGAAGACACUGACAUACGUGGCUCUAGGUGUCACCUUGGCUGCCCUUCUGCUCACCUUCUUCUUCCUCACUCUCUUGCGUAUCCUGCGCUCCAACCAACACGGCAUCCGACGGAACCUGACAGCCGCCCUGGGCCUGGCUCAGCUAGUCUUUCUCCUGGGAAUCAACCAGGCUGACCUCCCUUUUGCCUGCACAGUCAUUGCCAUCCUGCUGCACUUCCUGUACCUCUGCACCUUUUCCUGGGCUCUGCUGGAGGCCUUGCACCUGUACCGGGCACUCACUGAGGUGCGCGACGUCAACGCCGGCCCCAUGCGCUUCUACUACAUGCUAGGCUGGGGCGUGCCUGCCUUCAUCACAGGGCUAGCCGUGGGCCUGGACCCCGAGGGCUAUGGGAACCCUGACUUCUGCUGGCUCUCCAUCUAUGACACGCUCAUCUGGAGUUUUGCUGGCCCAGUGGCCUUUGCCGUCUCGAUGAGUGUCUUCCUGUACAUCCUGGCAGCCCGGGCCUCCUGUGCUGCCCAGCGGCAGGGCUUUGAGAAGAAAGGUCCUGUCUCGGGUCUGCAGCCCUCCUUCGCCGUCCUCCUGCUGCUGAGUGCCACAUGGCUGCUGGCACUGCUCUCUGUCAACAGCGACACCCUCCUCUUCCACUACCUCUUUGCUGCCUGCAAUUGCAUCCAGGGCCCCUUCAUCUUCCUCUCCUAUGUGGUGCUUAGCAAGGAGGUCCGGAAAGCACUCAAGCUUGCCUGCAGCCGCAAGCCCAGCCCUGACCCUGCUCUGACCACCAAGUCCACCCUGACCUCGUCCUACAACUGCCCCAGCCCCUACACAGAUGGGCGGCUGUACCAGCCCUACGGAGACUCAGCUGGCUCUCUGCACAGCGCCAGCCGCUCGGGCAAGAGUCAGCCCAGCUACAUCCCCUUCUUGCUGAGGGAGGAGUCCACACUGAACCCUGGCCAAGGGCCCCCUGGCCUGGGGGAUCCAGGCAGCCUGUUCCUGGAGGGUCAAGACCAGCAGCAUGAUCCUGACACAGACUCCGACAGUGACCUGUCCUUAGAAGAUGACCAGAGUGGCUCCUAUGCCUCUACCCACUCAUCAGACAGUGAGGAGGAAGAAGAGGAGGAGGAAGAGGAGGCUGCCUUCCCUGGAGAGCAGGGCUGGGAUAGCCUGCUGGGGCCUGGAGCCGAGAGACUGCCCCUGCACAGUACCCCCAAGGAUGGGGGCCCAGGGCCUGGGAAGGCCCCCUGGCCAGGAGACUUUGGGACCACAGCAAAGGAGAGUAGUGGCAAUGGGGCCCCUGAGGAGCGGCUGCGGGAGAAUGGAGAUGCCCUGUCUCGAGAGGGGUCCCUGGGCCCCCUUCCAGGCUCUUCUGCCCAGCCUCACAAAGGCAUCCUUAAGAAGAAGUGUCUGCCCACCAUCAGCGAGAAGAGCAGCCUCCUGCGGCUCCCCCUGGAGCAAUGCACUGGGUCUUCCCGGGGAUCCUCUGCCAGUGAGGGCAGCCGGGGCGGCCCCCCUCCCCGCCCACCGCCCCGGCAGAGCCUCCAGGAGCAGCUGAACGGGGUCAUGCCCAUCGCCAUGAGCAUCAAGGCAGGCACGGUGGAUGAGGACUCAUCAGGCUCCGAAUUUCUCUUCUUUAACUUCCUGCAUUAACCCUGGGCUGUGGCUCCUACGCCCGAGGCUCCCUUCCCUUCCCCAGCCGCACUCAUGCCCUGCUCCUGUCUUGUGCUUUAUCCUGCCCCGCUCCCCAUCGCCUGCCCGCAGCAGCGACGAAACGUCCAUCUGAGGAGCCUGGGCCUUGCCAGGAGGGGUACGCACCCCACCCAAGGCCAUCUAGUGCCAACUCCCCCCCCACCAUUCCCCUCACUGCACUUUGGACCCCUGGGGCCAACAUCUCCAAGACAAAGUUUUUCAGAAAAGAGGAAAAAAAGAAUUUAAAAAAGGAUCUCCACUCUUCAUGACUUCAGGGAUUCAUUUUUUUUAUACGCUGGAAAUUGACUCCCCUUUCCCUUCCCAAAGAGGAUAGGACCUCCCAGGAUGCUUCCCAGCCUCCCCUCAGUUUCCCAUCUGCUGUGCCUCUGGGAGGAGAGGGACUCCUGGGGGGCCUGCCCCUCGUUCGCCAUCACCAAAAGGAAAGGACAAAGCCACAUGCACCCAGGGCGUCACACCCUUCGGGCUGCACCCGGGCAGGCCUCAGAACGGUGAGGGGCCAGGGCAAAGGGUGCGCCUCGCCCUGCCCGCGCUGCCUCUCCCAGGAACUGGAAAAGCCCUGUCUGGCGAGGGGGCAGAAGGACUCAGUGCCCCCGGACCCCCAAAUGCUGCAUGAACACAUUUUCAGGGGAGCCUGUGCCCCCAGACGGGGGUCGGGCAGCCCCAGCCCCUCUCCUUUUCCUGGACUCUGGCCGUGCACGGCAGCCCAGGUGUUUGCUCAGUUGCUGACCCAAAAGUGCUUCAUUUUUCCUGCCCGCCCCGCACCUGGGGCAGGCCAGUCAUGUGUUAAGUUGCGCUUCUUUGCUGUGGUGUGGGUGGGGGAGGAAGAGUAAACACAGUGCUGGCUCGGCUGCCCUGAGGGUGCUCAAGCACAGGUUUCAAGUCUGGGUUCUGGUGUCCACUCACCCACCCGCCCCCAAAAUCAGACAAAUGCUACUUUGUCUAACCUGCUGUGGCCUCUGAGACAUGUUCUAUUUUUAACCCCUUCUUGGAAUUGGCUCUCUUCUUCAAAGGACUAGGUCCUGUUCCUCUUUCUCCCCGACUCCACCCCAACUCCCUGUGAAGAGAGAGUUAAUAUAUUUGUUUUAUUUAUUUGCUUUUUGUGUUGGGAUGGGUUUGUGUCCAGUCCCGGGGGUCUGAUAUGGCCAUCACAGGCUGGGUGUGUUCCCAGCAGCCCUGGCUUGGGGGCUCGGCGCCCUUCCCCCUGGCCCCAGGCCGCCAUCUCCCCACUUCUCCUCCCCUCUCCUCAGUUUUGCCGACUGCUUUUCAUCUGAGUCACCAUUUACUCCAAGCAUGUAUUCCAGACUUGUCACUGACUUUCCUUCUGGAGCAGGUGGCUAGAAAAAGAGGCUGUGGGCAGGAAAGAAAGGCUCCUGUUUCUCAUUUGUGAGGCCGGCCUCUGGCUUUUCUGCCAUGGAUUCUCCCCCUGUCUUCUCCCCUCAGCAAUUCCUGUAAAGGGUUAAAAAUUUAACUGGUUUUUACUACUGAUGACUUGAUUUAAAAAAAUACAAAGAUGCUGGAUGCUAACUUGAUACUAACCAUCAGAUUGUACAGUUCGGUUGUUGCUGUAAAUAUGGUAGCAUUUUGUUGUUGUUGUUUUUUCAUGCCCCAUACUACUGAAUAAACUAGUUCUGUGCGGGUACA